AUGGCAACACCUUAUCACCCACAUACCAGUGGACAAGUGGAGGUUUCCAAUAAGGAGAUUAAAGUAAUCUUGGCCAAGACAGUUAAUGCCCAAAGGACAGAUUGGGCAAGGAAGCUGGAUGAUGCUCUAUGGGCAUAUCAGACAGCUCUCAAGACACCUAUUGUUGAGCUUGAGCAUAGAGAACUCUGGGCAUUGAAGAAGCUAAACCUCACUUGGAGCGAAACUGCGAACUUGAGGUUGGAUCAGAUCAAUGAGAUGGAUAAGUUCCGUCUGAGAGCUUAUGAGAGAUCAACACUGCAUAAGGAGAUGAUUAAGUUAUAUCAUGACAAACAUAUUGAGAAAAGAAGCUUCACUCCUGGUGACUUGGUGUUACUUUUCAACUCCACACUUCGUCUGUUCCUAGGAGAGCUGAGAUCUAAAUUGUUUGGACCUUUUAAGGUCACACAGGUUUUUCAAUCUGGUGCUAUUGAACUGGAAAAUAAGAAAGGGGAGAGGUUCAAAGCCAAUGGUCAGCGAGUCAAGGCAUAUUUGGGUGCAAACUUGAUGAAGUUUGAGUAA